AAUGACAGAGAGAAGUAGAAAACACUAGCUGAACAAAAUUUAGUGACCUCUUUGAUCAUCAGUUUCUUUCAUUCUCUUAUAAAUAUUCAAUCAUAGAAAGGUUGUGAGUUUUCUAUUAAAGAACAGAUAUUUCCUCUGUUUUGAUUAAAAAUUUAUCAAUUUCAGACCAUUCUGAUCCCAUAAUUCUUCUGCAAUUGCUUGUUUCCGAGAACCCUUUCCUGAAAAAACCCAGAAAACUUAUCUUACUAACUGAGAAAAUCUUAUUACAGAGCUAAAGUUCUGUAAGAGCUUCUUUUGCUUUUUUUGUUUUUGUAUGAGAGUGGUUGGUGAAAGACAAAUUUCAAUCACUCAUGGAAGUUGGAUACUUGUUAAGGGGUGUCUGAUGAGAAACAAUAAGCUUAAAAGAUGAAAUUUAUGAAACUUGGAUCUCGGCCUGAUACUUUCUAUACUACUGAGGCUGUAAGGUCUGUAUCUACUGAAGUGUCAAGUGAUCUUAUAAUUCAAAUUAAAGGAUAUAGAUAUUUGCUUCACAAGUUUCCACUUUUUUCGAAAUGUUUACGCUUACAGCGGUUAUGUUCGGAAUCUUCCAAUUCUUCUCCGCAACAGUUGAUUCAACUGCCAGACUUCCCUGGUGGAGUGGAAGCUUUUGAGAUUUGUGCGAAAUUCUGCUAUGGUAUUACGAUUACCCUUAGUUCCUUCAACAUUGUGUCAGUCCGUUGUGCGGCUGAAUAUCUUCAAAUGACUGAGGAAGUGGAGAAAGGAAAUCUUAUUUGCAAGCUUGAUUGUUUCUUAAAUUCCUGUAUCUUACGCGGGUGGAAGGAUUCAAUGUUAACUUUGCAAAGUACAAGAUCGUUACCGUUGUGGUCAGAAGAACUUGGGAUUACCAGCCGCUGUAUUGAUGCUAUUGCCUUGAAAACUCAAGCCCACCCCUCAAGACUGAAUUGGUUACAUAUCACCUCUAGAGGCAGGGAUGAUGCUUCAUUGUGUAACGGAACAGAGAGUCAACGGCAUAGAACUGCAUCAAAAGGUUGGUGGGCUGAAGAUAUCGCUGAAUUGGGUAUUGAUCUCUACUGGCAAACCAUGGUUGCAAUCAAAGCUGGUGGGAGAAUACCUGCUUAUCUUAUUGGGGAAGCACUGAAAAUCUAUGCUUCAAGGUGGUUACCCAACAUCUGUAAAUAUGUAAAUGGUAACAAACACAGUGGAAAUGAUCAAGGUUCAGAAGCAACGAGUGACAUAACGUCGAAACAUCGAUUGAUCUUAGAAUCAAUAGUAAGCUUACUUCCAAUGGAGAAAGGGUCUGUCUCUUGCGGCUUCUUGCUUAAGCUUUUGAAAGCUGGUAACAUACUUGGUGCUUCUUAUUCAUCUAAGAUUGAAUUGGCACGAAGAGUUGGACUCCAGCUAGAAGAAGCGAAUGUUAGUGAUCUUUUAAUACCUUCACUUUCCUAUACGAAUGAGACAGCUUACGAUGUUGAUAUAGUCUUGUCCAUAUUAGAGCAGUUCAUGCAAGGGCUGAGUCCUCCAACAAGCCCCCCAAGGGCCAAGACAAGUUUUGAGAAGAGGAGAAGGUCAAGGUCUGCAGAACAUAUCGAUUAUGAGUUUCAGGAAAGUAGGAGAUCAUCUUCAGCAUCACAUAGCUCAAAACUUAAGGUGGCAAAGCUUGUAGACGAGUAUCUUCAAGAGAUUGCUAGAGAUGCAAAUCUGCCUCUGUCAAAGGUCAUUGCUCUUGCAGAAGCUAUACCAGAUUUUGCAAGGAUCGAUCAUGAUGAUCUUUAUAGGGCCAUUGACAUUUACCUAAAGUCGCACCCGGAACUGAGUAAGAGUGAACGGAAAAAGUUAUGCCGCGUUCUGGAUUGCAAGAAGCUAUCCAUGGAAGCCUGUAUGCACGCCGCACAGAAUGAGCUACUUCCAUUGAGGGUAGUCGUACAAGUCCUUUUCUUUGAACACGCAAGAGCAGCAGUAGCCGGUGGCCAAGUCACUGACCUACCUAGUAACAUCAAAGCACUUUUUGUCAACCAUGGAGAUGAUACGUCAAGGAUUCAACAGCAACUAGGAAGCAAAGGAACUGGUCCAGCAGACGAUGAAUGGUGUACUGCCUCCGGCCUUAAAUCACCGAAGUCAAAGUUAGCAACACUUAGGAUGAAAUUAGCCGAAGAAGAUAACGACAUUGAUGAUAAUGGUCAUGUAAGAACUUCAAAGCUUAAAGGUGUUUUCUCGAUUCCUUCUAGACCGAAAAGGAUGUUGAGUAAGUUGUGGCCUAGUAAUAGAAGUGUGAGUGAAAGACAUUGAUCUAAGUUUUUGUAUUAUUCUUUUUCUUAAGGUGAGAAAUUGGUAAUGUGGAGGAAAUACUUCAUACUGUAACUUACUUUAGGAUUAGUCGUGUUUUCCCAUUGUUGGUGUACUCAAUCUUAAAUAAAGUUUCGAAAGUAGGAAACAUCGAGAGUUUCAGUUCGCAA